AUGGAAAACAAGACCAUGGAUAAGGAGUCAAGUCGAGAGGCUUCCAGCCAGUCUGAGCUUGAAGAUGCCUCUGGCGAACAACUUCGCCGGGCUGUCCGGAAGGUUGACUGGGCUAUUAUGCCGCUCAUGUUUCUCUGCUAUUUCCUCCAAUUUCUCGACAAAGUCCUCAUCAACUAUGCCAACAUCAUGGGCAUCUCCAAGAGCCUCAAGUUUCCCGACGGCAACGACUUCUCCUGGAUGGCGACAGCCUUCUUCAUUGGUUACGCCGUCGCCGAAUUCCCCCAGGGUUAUCUCAUCCAGAAGUUUCCAGUGUCAAAGGUGCUCGGGAUCAAUGUCAUUCUCUGGGGGAUAGUAAUAUGCUGCACGGCCGCGACGCAGAAUUUCCCAGGGGUAACUGCCGUGCGAACCCUUCUCGGCAUGUUCGAAGCCGUCAUAACCCCGGCCCUCAUCAUGAUCACGUCGCAGUGGUACACGAAGCGCCAGGCUACUCCUCGUACGGGAAUAUGGUACUGCGGCCUUGGAGCUGGUCAGACUAUCGGUGGCCUCGUGUCAUGGGCAGCACAGCACGGCUCGACUACAUCUUCGUUUGAAAGUUGGCGCAUCAUGUUUGUUGCUGUCGGGGCGUUCAACCUGGUCGUUGGAGCGGCAGUUACAUUCUGGCUGCCAAACGGUAUCCAAAAGGCCAGGUUUCUCAGCGAUCGUGAGAAGACGCUCGUGGAAGAAGCCCUCGCGAGAGAUCAGUCAGGUAACGGCAAGAAAGUCUUUCAGUUUCGAGGUUUGAUCGAAGCGGCAACAGAUAUACAGGUGUGGCUACUGUGCCUCAACACCAUUCUCAUCGUCAUCCCGUCUGGUAUUAUUACUACUUUCUCUGCUACCCUGAUUGCCGGAUUCGGGUAUAAGCCGAAAACCGCUGCCCUCCUCAACAUGCCGUCCGGCGUUGUAUCCGUCUUCGCCACGCUCACGGGUACAUUUGCAAUCCUGUACAACUUUCCGCGUUGGCUGGCCAUCGUCCUGCUCCUUGUGCCGACGCUGCUUGGUGCAGGUCUCAUGUCGUUCUACUCCCACUCACAGGCCGGUGCCCUUGCGGGAAUCUACCUCAUCAACUUUGAUGUCGCCCCGUUGGCUCUCAUCUACGCUCUCGUGGGUGCUAACACGCAGGGAUACACCAAGAAAGUUGCAACCAACGCCGCCGUCGCUAUCUGCUUCUCCAUUGCCAACAUCAUCGGGCCACAGACCUUUCGUAAGGAGAAUGCACCCCAGUACCUCCCUGCGAAGAUUACGGUUUUUGGUGUCUGCGGAGGUGCUAUGCUUGUGACGGUUCUUCUGAGAUUGCUCUACGGGUGGCGGAAUAAGCGGACUGAGGCUGCGAGGACCGCCGAGCUGCAGGCCAUUGAUAGGGGGGAGACGGAUGCCCGUGUUGAGGAGGAGGAGCUGACUGAUCGGACGAACCCGGCGUUCCGGUAUGUGUAUUAA